UCGUUUUUGGCAGGUAAAACGAUGUCACUUAUAUUUGUGUAUCAUUUUCGGUGGUGACCGCAGAAACAGUUUACCUCGUAUGGUAGGUACUCAAGUUCUUCAGUCACCAACGCGCAAGCGAUAUUGCAUGCGUCUCCAGGAUACCUUUCCGUCACGCUGCGUCGCAGUGAUGGGUGGACUGUGCUGAGCUCUCCACAAAAGCAUCCCUUAAAUUUGCAGUUCUGCUGCUGCCUCCUUGCAGGCACAGACAAGGCUCUGAAGGACCGCAGCGAUCACCACAGGCUCACGAACUGAUCAGAUGUCUUGUGCACGGUUGCAGCUGCUGCAACGCAUCCUUUGGAAACGCAAAUGGCUUCCAGUCUAAGGAGUGCGCAGAGAGAUUUCGCCGAAUUGGAUACCUGCGGAGGGGACCCCCGAAUCCGGUGCGCGGUGAGAGGAAUACGCUGGGGAGCAGCUGCUUGUUCAUGGAAAAACGGACGGAGAGCCGGUCAGCAGGGAAUGUUCGUAAAAUGUAUGGUAUCCAUAGGAAUGCUCCUACUUCUGCUGCAGUGUGCAGUGGCAGUUGAGGAUGACUCCAAUUAUGAGACAUCGGGGUCUUCGGCCUCACCUCAGGAUCCAGUCACCGCGGCGACGCCCUCUCACCUGCUGGCCGGCUUCAUGAUGCUAGAGGAGGAUACGCUCUCGAUCGUCCAAUCGGAUGGCUCGAGUCCUCUGGCGAGCACGCGAGAGCAGCCGGCCUUCUCGUCCAUCCUGACGCUGCUGGCCGGCUCGGCCCGGCGGCCCCAGAACCUCAUCCAGCCCAGAGGGUCCCCGGCGGGGAACCGGACCACCCAGUGGCGCACUGACGACUUGAUCGAACGAGCUGAGCCAUCCUUCACCUCUUCUUCUUCCUCCUCCUCCUCCUCCUCCUCCUCUUCGAUCCUGGGGCCGAUCGGCAACUACUCUUUUGGUUCAGAAGAACCAGCAAUGGAUGAUUUGCUCACAUCCAGAGAAGCAGGUGAUUUUUCUAAAGAGAAUGACUCUAGUGCAUCCCCCUCCCUGAUGAGGAUUACAGACUCACCACCUCCAUCACCUGCACCAGCAACCCAGAAGACCUUACUCCAGUUCACCACCAUGACCUCCACCACAAUAGCUCCAGCCACAACCACUACCACCCUGGCUACAACCACCACUCAAUCCACCACCACUACAACAAGGCCCACAACAACAGUACCAACCACCACCACAACCACCACCACCACGACUGCAGCACCACCCAGGACGUCAGCCCCAGUGCGGCCACCAGCCCGCACCUUAACCAUUCAGACCCCCAGGACUAGUGCUCCCAGGAUGACCACCACUGUUCUGACCACCACCACCACCGCAGGGCCGCCACCACCCAAGUGCAACAUCACCAACCGCAUGUUGGUAAAAUCAGUUUUGUCCAUUCACCUGAGGAGGAGUCGUCUGGAGAGCAUUCUCAAGCAGAACCUCCCAAGGGGCUUGGCCCAGGCGUUACGAAAGGCCCUGAACGACAGUGCUCUCCAAGUACAGGUGGAGACCCUGUUCACAGUGCCCAAUGUGACGGUGGGGUAUUACGUGGUCCGGGGGGACAUGGUGUACACUCCGGCCGCGGUGGCGGAGGCACUGAGUGCGUAUGGUGUAGAGCGUCUGAUGGGGGACGUCCGGCAGUUUGUGCCCUUAGUCCAGGCCAUCCCCAUCCCAGCCAUGGCCUGGAAUCCCAGUCCAGGCAUCGCACUGCGGCUGAAGACAGUGCUCAGGUUUGUGAACGCAGAGGACGACCUACAGUCCUGCCGGUUCUCUCAGAUGAUGGAGCAGCGUCUGGAGAAGGCCUUUGCAGAGGCUGAGGCCAAAGUGCUUCACUCCCAGAGCAGUCUCUCUGUGCAGAUCCUGAGUGCGUCCCAGUCUGCUGGCUCUCCUGCCGUCUCUCUCAUCUAUGUGGUGCGGAACGGCAGCGCGGCUCUGAAUGGCACCAUGGCCAGCAGUCUCCUGAGCCAGCUAACGGCCGAGCUGGUGGGCUACUUCCUCUUCUACCCUCCCCUCGUCACUGCAGAGCCAUUGGAGUACCAUAACCUCAACACCUCUGCAGCUACAAGGGACUACUGGGUAAUCACAGUCAUUCAGGACGUGGAUAACUCGUCUCUGGAGAGCCAGUACCAGAGCUUCGCCAGUCUGAUGGAGCAGCGGCUGGCAGAACUCUUUGUGGUGGCGCAUCAGCAGGGCGGACGCAUCCGCAGAGCGGCCACUGCGGGCAGCUACACCGUGCAAAUGGUCAGCAUGAGGCGUGUUGCUGGAGCUAAGAACCCUGCAGAGCUGACCUACUAUGUCCAGAUGAAUGGCGUGCCAUUGGCCGGCACGUCGGCCGCCAAGGUGCUGAACACACUGGACUCCCAGACCAUGGCGCUCACCCUGGGGUACUUCGUGCAGCUGCAGGCUGAACCUGUGGUGAAGAACCCACCCAACAACCUGUGGAUCAUUGCCGCAGUGUUGGCCCCCAUCGGCGUUGUGACUGUCAUCAUCAUCAUCAUCACAGCUGUGCUCUGCCGCAAAAACAAGAGUGACUUCAAGACCGACUCCAUCGGCAACCUGAACCCCCGUGCCAAGAGUGCUUACCGGAGGGAUGCCGGUUAUUAUAUUCAGCCAGUCCAGGGGUUUGACUAUGCCAAACAACACCUUGGCCAGCAGGGCGGCGAUGAAGAGACCUUGCCUGUCACCCAUGAGACCAAGGUCCUGCCUCUGCCCAUCAGAGACGCACCCCUGUCUCUGGAGAAAGUCAUUCAUCCAGAUGGCAGCAGCACCAAGAAGACUUUGUCCAUUGAAAUCAGGAAAAGCAGGUUGCCGAGCGAAGACGGCUCCGUCAUCAGCGACGAAUCAGCGGCGAAGCCCCACUCUGGCAGGGCCUCCACAGCGCCCAAAGUCCCGACGCAGCAGAAAAUGACAAAGGAGGAGACGCGGAAGAGGAAUGAUCCAUAUGACACCUCAUCAGGGUCCCUGCAGCUGAUCUCCAUCAAGCCAAUGGCAGCUCCGCCUACCUAUUCACACCCCGCCUCCUCCGACCGCAGCCAGGACUCUGCAAUCCUCAAUGGAGAGGUAAGCCUGGCUCUGAAGCAGAAGUCAGACAUUGAGCACUACAGGAAUAAGCUGCGUCUGAAGGCCAAGAAGAAGGGCUACUACGACCUGCCCCUGGCUGGGGGCAGCAGUGGCUCCAACGCUGUCAGUCAGAGGUAUGAGCGCGGCCACCAGAGGGCGCCACACGAGCAGGGCCGCCCCCUGGAGAACGAAGAUGAGCGCUCCUCUACCUAUGUUAAAUCCCACAGAAGACACUCCCAGGUGCGGCACCCUGCCUACCGUAGCAGGCAGUCCCUGAACAGCCCCAGCCCUGGGGGGACGGAGAUGGACCUGCUGGUCAUGAGGGAGAGGCCCAGGAAGGGCAUCCGCAACAGUGGCUAUGAUACCGAACCCGAGAUCAUCGAGGAGACAAAUGUGGACCGGCUGAUGAGCCACCGCAGCUAUGGUUACGGCCGGCAGGUCAAGGGUCACUCGGAGACGUCCACGCUGAGCUCGCAGCCCUCCAUCGACGAGGUGCGGCAGCAGAUGCACCUGCUGCUGGAGGAGGCCUUCAGCCUGGCCUCGGCCGGUCAUUCAUCCUCCACCGCCGGCCGCCACCACCACCCCCAAGCCCUCCCCCAGCACCCCCACAACCCCCACCACCAGCUGGGGCCCUACAACCCGGGGCCGCCCAUACCCUACUCCGAGGUGGUGACCAGCGCUCCAGGCACCAUAAGCCGAAACCAAAGAGCGUUGCAGUGGGUGCCGGCCGGGUACGGGCCAGACCUGUACCAGUGCAGCCUUCCCAAGCCUGCGUUCAGGUUCACUCAGCUUCCUGACAUGGCUAUGGGGUCCCCCCCUCCUCCCAUUCCACCCAGAACAGGCCCUCCUGGGACAUCACUGAGGCGCUCUUCAUCUGACCUUGGGCCGAAGGCGCGGAGUGUAGAGUCCUCUGUCACUGACGUGCCGAGUCAGCAUGAGAGCGCCCCCUACGUGCCAGUCAGCAGAGCCGUGCUCCCCUCAGUUACCACUGACCAGCCCCUGCCACUCAACCACUCAGGAAACCCAAUUUCCGCAGUCUAUGCCAUCCCAGCUACUCGCCCCGGCUACCCAGGAUACUUCCUGUCCACCCCACCGUCCUCCUACCACAGCCCGUCCUGGAUGUCCUACCCGCCGGAGCCUGAGGACGUGCCUCCACAGUGGGCUGAAUCUGUGCCGUUGCCAGGUUACGCCGAGGCUUUUCCGCACCCCCGCUACCCUCAGGGCAGCCCCCUGUUGCAGCACUACGGGCAGCCACCAUUAGCCCUGGGAGGCUUGGAGCGCCCCACGUCCGCCUCCACCGUGGCCUCUCAGCAGAGCCUAGCCGACCCGCUGGACCUCCCCGUGUCCGACAACCCCCUCACCAACCUCUCCACGUCCGCCUUGGUCAAAGCGAUCCGCGAGGAGGUGGCCAAGCUGGCCAAGAAGCAAACAGACAUGUUUGAGUUCCAGGUCUAGAGCUCCCUCUAGUCAGCAGAAGACUAAGCAGCAAGUUCUUUAAAAGGGAGAGACUGCUGCAGACCUGAGCAACACACAACACAGAACUCAGAGGUUUGUACAGAUUAAUGCGCUCCUGUUUGGGGUGAGCCGAAAAUAGUUACUGUAUCUCUGUUUGAAUUUCACAAUGUACUCGUUUUCUCGCAGAACAAACCUGUUGUAUGUCGAGCAUUUCAGUCAGCUUUAUUGUGGGCUGUCUUUGACUUUUGGCUUUUUCCCCAUUUGUUCAACGGCAUUGUAAAAUAGCAUUCAAAUCAUAAAUGUGAUAUUUGGAACUGAAAGGAACUGACUUUCACACGAGAACCAAAGCAUUGCAAUGAAUUUAUACUUUCAACCUAUCAUCCAUCCGUUACUGAAUAUUUCAUAUUCAGUUAACACUUAAGUUUUCAUUUUGUUGUGAUUUAUAGACAUGCUAAUGUGCAGAAGCCUGAAUCAAAGGAUUUAUACUUUUCCAAUGCUAAUGGGGGUUAACAUUAAGAAUAAUUGAUUAUAAGACAUUAUUACUGUAUAUCCUACAUUGUGUUUAAAUGGCCCUUUCUGUCUUGAGUGUACAAAAUAAAAAAUGUUUGGGAAUCAAAAGAGAUUAAUUUAAUAAACUAUAGAGACUAUAAAUUAUAGUUUUGUGGAAGUUCAAAAAGUCUGAUAUGUUGACAGUUAAAUUUGGACCUUCCCCUAGUAGUUAGAAAAGUACAUUUCUUGUUUGACCAAGUGCAUGCAGCUGCAGUGUAUUUGACUCAAAGGCUUUUUGCACGUGCUGUCUUCUCCAUGUCCUAUAGGCUGUCCCAUAGUAAAUAUUUCUUUGCAUUAAAUUGUGAAUGUGUUGCAAAAGAGCGCACUCUUUGGAAAUGAUUGUAUUGUAACUCCCAUUAAGGUCAGUGGAAAUGCACUUUAUUUUGUAAGUAUAGAUCCAUCGUUUUCUGUUAAUCCUCUUAACAUUUAAAUGAAAAAGAUUUGUCUGGUGAUUACUGAAUAUUGCUUUGCAAAUGGUGAGCAAUAUUCAAAAGGCCUGAAGAAUAUGAUCUGUAGAUGCUGUGCUAUCUUGACACAUGGCCUAGAAUAAGGAUUUACUUGCUAUCUGUGAACUGGGGACUUAGAGAACUAACUGGCCUAAGUAGUGUAUUUUUUGAGAUGAUGCCUGCGCAGUGUAGUACUCUUGAAUGCAAAUUGUGCAGAUGUUUAGAAAGAUUGAUGUUUGCCAUGAGGGAGACUGUUCCUUUAAGACCCAUUUUUAACAAAACAGCUGAGUAUAUGUCAUUUAUACAUGUGGAUGGCUUAUACCGUCUGCAAGAAAGAUGGCCAUGGAAGAACGUGGCCACUUGAUUCACAAUGAAAUGGGGAAAAUGUCUUUGUGUUGUUUGUCAAGUGUCAUGUCACACGUCUUAUUUUCUCAGGUUCCCUUUUGGAACUUUCACACCAGUAUUGGUGUUGGUUUGUAAAUAGGUAAGAAAUCAAAUCAAUUCUUGAAGUUAUUUCACUCUUCAGCACUUUGCUGAUGGGUUAACUUUUUCCGUUAUUAUAGGAAUUUCAUAAUGAUGAUACUGUCAUACCUUGAGAUGGACAAUAUCAUAUCUGUUAGAAGUAAAGACUUUGAAUUGUUUUCUUCCUGUAUGCUGUACAUGGAUCUUAAAGCUGCUGUAGGUGGUCUUACUACUGUUUGACACUCAAAAUGAUUGGCAUAUAGAUUUGCUCAUCUCCUUAGAGAGGUCAUGAUUGGUUAACAUAGCUGUACCAUAUUGAGAGUUUUGUAUCUGAUUACAGAGCACAGGAGAGUCCCAGACAUACAUUUCUCUCAUAGAGCUUAUUUUAAAGACAUAGCAAUAGCUGUCAGAAAGUAAAGACAGUGUCCUACCAAUAUCACUUACAACAGCUUUAAGGGAGACACUUGGUAAUUUGUAAGAGCCCAGAGUAAUGUUGAUUUUUAAUCUUCUUGAAACCAGUGAGCCAA